AUGGCUGGUCUUGUCUUCAGACGACUACUGACUAGUACUACCAACGUGCAAUUUUUGGGCCGUUUUCAGAAACAUCUGGUCAACACAGCGCCAAAAGAACAUGUUGUGAAGGAAUUGGUACGACCUGUAGGGCUCCCGGACGCUCCCACGUCAAACACUAAGUACAAAGAGGGCAACAGCGUGCGUGAACUGUUUGACGAGGCCAAAACCACGCAGCGAACAAGGGAGCUAGAAAUGCAAUUCAGCAAGGGCGGGCUCUACGACGUGCACACGUUUCGCAAAACCGGUGGGAAAAUGUUUCUAUCACCACCAUCUUUCUGGAGACAGGAUAAAGCACUGUAUUUUCCACACAUGCGUGGCCGCAGCUUAGUGAAUAACCAGGAUCAGGAUCUGGAAAAUACUCUUCGGGGCAAACUUUCCCUCGUUCGGAUUUUCACCAGCGCGGCAGGAGACACGCUGGGGAAGUCGUAUUUCAAGGGAGACGACGGUGUGGACUAUCUACAGCAAGAAUCGCUACUCAAUACAGACGGUGAAGGUGUAGAAACCCAAAUAGUGGAGAUCAAUUUCACCGAAAACAAGCUGAAGGCUCUUUUCGCAAGACUCGCGUUGGGCCAGGUGCGAUCCAUUGUGCCCGAAGAGCGUCAUUCGCGCUACUUCCUCGCCGACAGAAAUCAGCUGCCGUUUGGCAUCCGUGAGGAACUGCAUAUUAACAACCUAUACACCAGCUAUAUCUUGUUGGUGGACCCUGAGCUUAAGAUUCGGUGGAUGGGGUGUGGGGGCGCCGACAAAAAGGACUUUAACCUGCUUUGGAGAUGUGUUAGAGGCCUUCAGAAAGAACUGGGCACGCCAACUGCACCAUCGUAG